UUUGUUAAUAAAGUUAUCAGUUGACAAGUGAAUGAUCAGCUGGAUUAAAAUGGCUGCGCCCUUAAAGAUUGUAGAAUUUGGACGAGUUUUGGUUUGCUCCUUGUUAUGAGUGAAGCUGAGGGGUUGCUGCUCUUUGUAAACAUUCUGGAUAUUGCAUUCAUCACUGGAUCAGCACACUCAACAGGGGCAGGACAUAUAUUAUUGAAAACAUCUAUGACGCAAGACCAAAGCGUAGCUUUCACAACCAGGGAUGGAAACACGUGUACAGUGUAAGAGUCUCAGUCUCAUAGAACAACAGAACAAGCACUGAACAGAUUUAUAUGUGACUUAACUCAAAUCUGAUGAUGAAAAGAUAUAUAUUUAUUAGUUGCUAAAAAACAUAAAUAAUGACUAUUCCAAGGUCAGCUAUUAGGGUGGUUAACUUGGGACGGAUUCCUUAUGGACGUGCCCUGCAGGUCCAGCAACAUUACAUCCGUCAGCACCUGGAUUCCCUGACCUGCCCUCCCGACCAGCGGCCAAACACCCUCCUCUUGUGCGAGCACCGUCCAGUGUACACCAUCGGCAUCAGGCAAGCCCCUUACCCUACCGACGAGGAGGAGAGACUGAAAGGUCUUGGGGCUGAUUUCUUCCGGACUCGUCGUGGUGGACUGAUAACCUUCCACGGCCCCGGGCAAUUAGUGUGUUACCCCAUCCUCAAUCUGGGCUGCUUUAAGAAGAGUGUCCGCUGGUAUGUUUGUGAGUUGGAGAGGACUGUGAUUAACCUGUGCAGCAGGUUUGGGAUCAAGGCUUCUACAUCCCCUGAUACAGGGGUGUGGGUGGGGGACAAUAAGAUUUGUGCUAUUGGAAUACACUGUGGAAGAUACAUCACCUCGCACGGCUUAGCGUUGAACUGCAACACUGACCUGACCUGGUUUGAGCAUGUCGUCCCCUGUGGGAUUGUGGGUAAGGGAGUUACCACUUUGAGUCGGGAACUGGAGAAGGAGGUUUCUGUCUCGGAGACCACACAGCCCUUCCUUGAAGCCUUUGCAGAGCAGUUUAAUUGCACUCUUUCAAUAAACUGAAGGCCAAAAAGAAUAAAUGAUCCUCAUGAACAAAAAUACGCACAAAGCAUUUUUAUUUUUGAGCCUGUGUUGCCUGAUUCCAAAAUCACCAUUUUCCCCCCAAGCAUCUGCCUUAAAGUUUCUUCUGAUAUUAGAAACAGGAAAGAUUUGAAGAUGCAGCGUCCGUGUGAAUGUCUCUAGGAAUGCAUCCCUGUCCAUGUUUGUCAUUAGAUGAUAUCAAAUCCUAACUGUAUUGUUUUGUGCAGUUUGGAUUACCUGUACUGCACUGUUAGAUCCUUUGCUGCCAUCUGCUGACAUAGAAUGAUAUUUCAGUUUACAGUCAGUGGAUAUGUUUUAGCCAAAGCGACAGAUGGAUCUUGAUUUGAUUGCUGUACUGUACAAUAAAGAGUGCUGGUCAUUUA